AUGACGGAUAGUCGACCUCAACAAGACGACUAUUUUGCUGCGUAUGGCACCUUGCAGCUCGAUCCCACGACGGCCCCUGUCGUCACGAAUACCGUCAUGUGGUUCGCAUCGUGCACCAAGCUUCCAACGACUGUCGCAGCCCUGCAAUGCGUCGAGCGCGGCCUCAUCGAUCUAGAUUCCCCUGCCGAUGUCGAUCGCCUCCUGCCAGAGUGGAGCGAUCCCCAAAUCUUGACUGAGAUCAGGAAUGGCGAGCCCGUGCUUACGACUGCGAAAGAAAAGAUGACCCUUAGGAGGCUGCUGACGCACACGAGUGGCAUGGCCUAUGACUUCCAUCCUCCCUUGCUCGAGUGGCGGCAAUCGCGGGGUGAGAGGCCUCUUACAUUGCGUGGUCCCAUCACCCAAGCCCAUCUCCAUCCACUCGUCUUUGAGCCAGGGACUGGCUUCACGUAUGGUCCUGGCCUUGAGCUCGCAGGGCUGAUGGUGGCGAGAGCGAAUGGGUGUACACUGGAGGAGUAUAUGCGGAAGAACAUCUUCGACGUUCUCGGCAUGGACGAUAGUUCUUUCCGGCCGCAUACCCACCAGCUUGCCGAGCGAGUGAUGCCGAUGACGGCUCGCUCAUCUCCUGACGGGCCUCUCGCAGACGGCCAGCAUCCGCCCCCGAUAGCCAAAGCCCUUACCGUUGACCCCGAAGACGACUCCGGCGGGGGCGGCCUCUUUAGUACCGCCGAAGACUUCCUCAAGCUGCUGAAGGCAAUCCUCCGCAACGACGGUCGGCUGUUGAAGCCUGAAAGCAUUGACCUCAUGUUUAGGCCGUCUCUAUCGUCCCCGUCGCAGACUGCCCUCAACGAGCUUUUCUCGGACCCUACGUGGGCAGCCUACAUGAUCCCCGGCGAGCCUCCCAUCGGUACCGAAGGCGCUGGAGAAUGGACUCAUGGCAUCGGCGGCUUGAUCGGCCUUACCAGCAAAGAAGAUGGAUUGAAGAGCCCGUGGCUGCAGAUGGGAGGUGCCCCGAACUUGGACUGGUGGAUCGACCGGCAAGGCGGCUCUUGUGGGAUCUUCGCUACCCAGCUUAGCCCGCGAGGCGAAGCCAAACAUCAGCCUCUAAAGAGCCUGUUUCAGCACGAGAUGGUGAAGAAAUUCUCGAAGGAAGACUGA